GAUCCCUCUUUGCUUCUAACGCUCACCUCUGGCGAUUUUCCCACGGUCCGGACCUCUGACGGGAGGGGUAUACGGACGUGAGGACAGCAACAGGAGCUUACAGAAAGCUCGCUAGGCAAUACUACUAGUACUUUACAUUACUCAGGCUCGAUGUCGAACUCCGCGAAGGGAGGGACGACGUCAAAGACGGCGAAACCGGUGGCAUCACCGACGACGAGAGGCGCCAGUGAGCGACCUAACACGAGAGCGACAGCCUCGGCGCCGCCGAUGGACCUGAAGACGGAGAGAGAGAAGGUGGACUCGUACGACAAGGCGUACAAGGUUCUAGUGAGCCGAGCCCUAAUACCAGAAGAGACCCAACCUUCGGUGGGUGCCCUGGUAGAGGGCCUACGCUUCUGCGCCGAGACGAGCAACCAGGCGCAGGUACGAGAGGCCAUCUACGCCUUCGCGUCUUACGCAGAGGCCAUUCGCGACAACCGUCCAGCCGCCAAGGUCCUGGACGACAUACGUCCGAUCCUGAUAAAGCUCACGGAAAGAAGCGAGGCCGAGCCAGGGGAGCUCGACGAGGACAAGGCCGGCCGCCUGGAGGAAAUGGUGGACCGGCAGGUGCAAUCGACCACGGAGUUAAACGGGAUGUUGGGGAGAUUGACCGAAGAGGUGCGUAAGAUCGCUGCGUCUCAGAAGAAGCUGGCGAAGGACCUGGAGACGGUCGACGGCCUGCGAGGCGACCUCCAGGGUGCCUUGAAAGAGACGCAGGAGGUGCUGAAGGCACCUCCGCAAGUCGUACAUCAUGAGCACGUCGCUCCUGUGAAUGACGGAGGUGUCCAUAUGGAUGGCGCGGGGGACGACCCUCGUACGCGGCGGCCAUCCAGCAUCAGCUCCCUGCCGCACAUGCCUCGACGAUGA